AUGCCAAUACCAUGGGAUGACUGGGGCCCGUCAAAUGCUCGUAUUUUCCAGCACCCAUGUGAAUGCAAAAUUCACGUCAGCGGGAAUCGAGUCUUGCAGGCAUUCCCAGUUGGCACGCACGUGCGCUUCCCGGAAUGUCCUAAGGAGUAUAUAUUGCAUAUGAUGGACUUCAGUCCACUAGCUGUGACGAACAGGCGGGGUCUAGGACGAGUGGUCAAAGAUCCAUCUACGAUAGACGUCACCGAGUACUAUGGACUGUAUAGGCGGAGCUUGACGACAUCACUGCCUUACGUCGAGGUCGUUUCGGACAGGAAGAUGGAAGCUAUCGAUUUGGAGGACAUAUGGCUCGAUAAGGACAACAUUUAUAUGCUCAACAACGUGGAUUCUAUUAAUGAUGAGAAUAUUAGAAGGCUCGAGGUCAUUGACGUUUAG